UUUUCUGUUUCAGCGCGAAUCACCAAUGGCAGAUCCCGCGGCUCCAGACUCUACCACCAGCAACGCCUCUACCGCCGCCGCCGCCGUUACCGCCACUACCCCACCCGUAGUUACACCAGUUCCCAAACGUGCUUGGGGCGAUGAAGAAGACGAUGAUGUAGGCGAUGCUGGAGAUUCAUCCUCUGCGCCUUCCGAGUACAUGGAAUCUCUUAAAAUCCAAGACGAAAAAACUCUUGAAGAACCCGAAGACUCUAACAUCACAGCGGUGACAACUGGUGAUACUCCAUAUUCAUCAGCCAGUACUUUUGAGGAUCUGAAUCUAUCUCCAGAGAUUUUGAAGGGGUUGUAUGUUGAGAUGAAAUUCCAAAAGCCAAGUAAAAUUCAAGCUAUAAGUCUACCUAUGAUCUUGACUCCUCCGUACAAAGAUUUAAUAGCUCAAGCACACAAUGGUUCUGGAAAAACUACUUGUUUUGUGCUUGGGAUGUUGAGUCGCGUUGAUGUGAACUUGAAGGCUCCUCAGGCAUUUUGCAUAUGUCCUACAAGGGAGUUAGCCAUGCAGAAUAUUGAAGUUCUUAAGAAAAUGGGAAAAUACACUGGGAUAACUUCAGAGUGUGCAGUUCCUGCCGACAGUGCUAACUAUGUACCUAUGUCAAAGCGACCACCAAUAACUGCACAAGUUGUGAUUGGAACUCCUGGCACAAUAAAGAAAUGGAUGUCAUCGAGGAAGCUGGGCGUAAGUUGCGUGAAGAUUCUUGUUUUUGAUGAGGCUGAUCAUAUGCUUAGCGAGGAUGGCUUUAGGGAUGAUUCGUUGAGAAUCAUGAGGGACAUUGAGAAAAGUAGCCCUCAUUGCCAGGUGCUUCUGUUCUCUGCUACAUUCGAUGAGACUGUUAAAAACUUUGUCUCUAGGGUUGUCAAAGACUACAACCAACUUUUUGUUAAGAAGGAAGAACUAUCCUUGGAGGGUGUGAAGCAAUACAAGGUGAUAUGUCCAUAUGAAUUAGCAAAAAUUCGGAUCAUAAAAGAUAGAAUUUUUGAACUUGGAGAGAAAUUGGGUCAGACAAUUAUAUUUGUGCGCACAAGAAACAGUGCAAGCAUGUUACAUAAGGCACUGGUUGAUUAUGGUUAUGAUGUGACUACCAUUCAAGGGGCACUGACGACUGAAGAUAGAGACAAAAUAAUAAAAGAGUUUAAGGAUGGUUUGACCAAAGUUCUCAUUUCGACUGACCUUCUAUCUCGAGGGUUUGACCAGCAACAGGUCAAUCUAGUUAUCAAUUAUGAUCUUCCUCUGAAAUAUGAAUCUUCUUCAGAAGCGAUGAAAUUCAGAUCUUCCUCACAAUCUGAGCCUAACUAUGAGGUGUACCUCCAUAGAAUUGGUCGGGCAGGUCGUUUUGGGCGCAAGGGAGCUGUGUUUAACUUGCUCUGUGGUGAUGUGGAGAUCAUGCGAAUGGACAAAAUUCAGAACCAUUUUAACUCUGAAGUAACAGAGGUUCGGGACUCUGAUGAGGACAUUCAAGCAGCCUUGAAAACUGCUGGAUUGCUUUGAUGUAUAGAGGUGAGUUUACUGCCAAACCCGCACCAGAGGCGAUAAACAUGGAAUGAUUGGAUGCAGAAAAGUAGAUCGGAGUGAUGCUUCCCCAGUUUUUGUUUUGCUUUAAAGUAAAAUACAUUUGGUUACGAGGGUAUGUAAUGUGUUUUGAGUUGUCAAUUUCCGGCAAUAUGGUUAGAAUGUUGUAUAUUGUGAAGUUAUGUUAUUUACAGAUUACUGAAAUAUCUUGGUUGAUGAAACCCAUUGAAAUUAUUUGGCUGGCUUUAUUAUAA